UGUAGGAGCCACAUACUACUUGGGAUUUACUCUCUAGAGGAUCUGGAACAAAGGGUUGGCAGCAGGCUUCCCACCAUGAAUCCCCCCACCUACUGGGAGAUCAGCAACAGCACCGGGGUGAUUCGCAUUGGAAAUGCCUCCAUCCGCACGCCCAACUUGCCUGCAAUCAAUGGCUACAUCCACAUCAUAGACCAUAUUCUGGCUCCCAGUCUCUCAGACUUUCCCCCUGAGCCGCCCACCCUGAUGGAAUUCCUGAACUCCUCCUCAAACUUCACUCUAUUCAGGCAGUACGCUCUGAUGUACAAUCUGUCACAAAAGCUGCAUAGUUGUUGCCAGCGGUUCACCCUCCUGCUGCCCACAGACGAUGCCAUCAGGCAGCACCUCAGAGCGACUAACUCCUCGCUCAUGGAAUCUGAUGUGUUUAAGUACCAUGUGGUUAUCCAUUUCCUGCUCUUCCCUCACCAUCUGUCUGACGGUAUAUUAAAAAGUACCAUGCUGGGAAACGAAUACCAGGUCCAGUUCCACUUGGACAAGAACAACCAGACAGUUGUGAACGAUGUUCCUCUUGAUGGAACGUUCACUGAGACGCAGUUUGGCCUCAUCCUAUUCCUCCCUCAGGUCCUCAAAGUCCGUCGCAACAGAUGUAGCAAGCAGGUCUACAUUCAGGUCGAAGUAAGCCAGAGGGAGUGA